AUGCAGGAGACCGUGACAGUCAAUGUUCCAACGAAUUGGAUUGACCACUUGUUUAAUCCCUCUGCAAUCAAAUUCACACUCGGGAAAUGCAUCCGGCAUCGUAAUCGUAACGACAUCAAGGAUGUUUUGGAACACGUAGAGGGCGACGAAUAUUUGUUUUCCUGUAACGGCCAGUUUUACUCUUGGGAUAUCCUAAGCGAACAGCUGUGUGCCGUGAUUGAGCCCAAGGGAAAGGCGGAACUUUGGGAACCGAUGGACGAAGAUCUGAAGAAAGUGAGCUUAAAGGUACUCCCUCCUUCAUAUGCAGCAUAG